AUGAAAGUUGAAAACCUAAUAGUUGGUAAUGAAUGGGUUAUGCCUUCUGAACUUCUUGAUAUGGUUUCAAUCAAUGAGCUACCUGUACUCAGUUUGGAGGAAGACAAAAGAAUCUGGAGUAGCACAAUUACUGGGGAUUUCUCUGUUUCUUCUGCAGUUGAGUUAUCAGAACAAAGUAUUCAAAAGAAAUUUCAACUUGCUUCUAGAUGUUGUUUUUGUAAGAAAGAUGAGGAAACUCUAGAACACAUUCUAUGGAAAUGCAACUAUAGUGAGCUAAUUUGGAAGUGGUUAGUAGGGAUGUUUAAUUUCAAGAACCCUAAGUCCUUUGAUGAAGUCUUUAGUUCUGCAAAACAUAAAAGUCCUGCAGUUGGUGAAAUAUGGAGAUAUGCUGCUUUCAUUACUCUCAGGGAACUGUGGUUUCAAAGAAAUAGAAGUGUUUAUGAGGAUGAAGUCUUCAAUGAACAAAAUAUUAAAUCAAGAAUCUUGAAACUUACUGCUGAAUGA